AUGAACAGAACCAAAAUGAAGAUGAAGGCACCUCCAGGGAUCUUUAAAGGACAACAGAACAUUUCGUCAUUCUUUGUCCCCAAAAACCCAAAAGUUUCGUCGUCUUCCACAAAUGAGACCGUUUCAAGUGUUCUCACCAAAACUGAAGCUUGGAUCAAUGGUGGUAAGAAACUAAACUCCCCAUCAAAGAGGAAUGUCCUAGGUGAUUUGGAGAACGUCCUUCCCACUUCUCCGGACCUCCUUCUCUCAGUCCCUGAAACCCCCAACAGUCAGAUUAGGCUCUCCUCCUCCAGAGAGGAGGAUCAACUGAACCAAGAGCCCUGCAGAGAGGCUGCGUGCAAAACUGAUGUCUGCCUGCUGUCCCCCAUCAGUCGCAGUCCCAGUGCUAAAGGUUUAAAACUACAAAAAAUGACAGAGAACGGGGGAAAAAACAAGAGAGAGGACAGAUUAUCUGGCCCAAUAAAGAGACUCUUCACCCCUCCUGAGGAAUCUCACACUGCAAAGAGAGUAAGAAGUUCACCUAAACUUGUGAUCAACUCCACAGAGGUCAGCCUAAAAGGAGAGAGGCCUCUCGCUGACCCUGUGAGGACACCUCAGCGUAACUGGGACCAGUCUGAUGGCUGGUCUGAGAGUUUGAUAGGCGAGCGUGGAGGUACAACAGUGAAUUUGACAAAAAGCAAAAACUCAGCGAUUUCUCUGCAGUCAGUUUCUGACCACUUGGUGGGCGAACAGAGAAAACGGGAGAAAGAAGAAAAUGUUACAUCUGAUUUUGCCGUAAUAACAGAGCUGAAAGCGGAUGAGACAAAAACCAGCAGAAACCUGCAGAGCUGCCUAGACGAGGACAUUUCCACGGUUACCGCUUGUGCACAGCCAGCCACACGAAAACCGGAGCAAGAGGAUGUCCUGAAGGUAAAAGAAUCUACAAGAACACUAGAAACAGAUGGAGAUGCAGACAACAGGACCGCUUCAGGUCAGGAACAAACUACAGAGAAUACAGGAGUGGCGUCUGCGUGUCCUGUAGACGACGUGUUCGAAGAGAGCUGGUUUACAGAGCAAAUGGACGAUGAAGAGGACAUCGAAGAGAAGCCAAAGAAAACUAAAGUACCAGAUCAUGUGAUUCUUUUUGGGGGCCAAAACAACCGGUAUCUGGUUGUGGAUGUAGAGGAGAGACCAUCGCACAAAAUGCUGACCAUCUCCUGCUCCAAGUCUCUUCAUCCAACGGAGACGUGCCUGCUCAAAGACGGAUGGGAGACUACGCCAGUUUUUCGUGGUGAUGUGGUGCACCUGGAGGGUUUCUCCGAAGGUGGUAGCUGGUUAGUCGACAGGGAGCAGGGUUUCCUGGUUUUAUUUCCAGACAGCCUCGUCUCUGGAACCAGCAUCUCGAGCUCCAUCCGCUGCAUGCGACGAGCAGUACUGGGAGAUCUGUUCAAGAGUUUUGAUGGCGGCUCCAAGCAAAUGCUCAAUGGCACCAUGGUCCAUGAAGUCUUUCAGAGAGCAGCUACAGCUAAAGAUUUUUCUUUGCAGAAACUUUCCGCGCUGACUGUAGAAGCUCUGCGCAGUCCUCGUUACCUUGGAGAGAUGUACACUUUAGGUGUAAGUCAGGAAGAAAUGACACAGGAAGUGAAUGAAUAUCUGCCCUCACUUGAACAUUGGGCUAAUGAAUACCUCUGCUCUUCAACGCCAAAACCAAUCAGCCUGAAAAUUCCCAGUAACAGCCGAGCUCCGACCAGGUGCCAGGACUCCACCGCUGUUUUCACGAUGGCUGAGUUGGCAGAUAUAGAGGAGAACAUCUGGUCCCCCAGGUUUGGCCUCAAGGGGAAAAUUGACGUGACGGCAAAAGUUCGAAUCCAAAAUCCACGGAACCGCAGUCGCGUACCUCCUGAAGAAAAGACCCUUCCUCUGGAGCUGAAAACUGGAAAAGAAUCAAACUCGAUAGAACACCGCAGUCAGGUGAUUCUGUACACUCUGAUGAGCAUGGAAAGAUAUAAUCCUGAGGUUGGCCUUCUGCUUUAUCUCAAGACUGGUAACAUGCAUCCUGUAGCAGCCAGCCACAUGGACUACCGAGAGUUGCUGAAGCUGAGGAACACUUUGGUUCACCACAUUCACAACGGUGUGAAGAAAUCUGCAGAUCACAGCCAGCUGUCCAGACUUCCUGAGAUUUUGAGAGACAGACAAACCUGCAAGUACUGCCCUCAAAGACUGAACUGCGCUUUAUACCAGAGAGUGGUGGACUCGAGCUCGGCAGAUGUCAGUGAGGAGGUUGUACGCACCUUUCUGGAGCAGGAAACCGCUCACCUGACUCUGCCACAUCUGAACUACUUUUCUCAUUGGCUGCUGCUCUGCUGCCUGGAAGCGUCCACAAUGGAAGCCAAGAAUGGCCGAAAGCGAGUUUGGCUGCAGUCGGUUGAAGAAAGUGAGAAGAAUGGCAGCUGUGUGGGGAAUCUGCAGCUCAGCAGCCCGGUGACUCUUCACUCUGAAGGCGUCCUCUUCCAUCGUUUCCUGCGCACUAGUGUUGCUCCAUCGGAGGGUUUGACCAGCUGUGGUCUGACCAGCGGGGAUCGCAUUGCUGUCAGUGGCCAGGAAAGUCAUUAUACUGGGUUGGCGACUGGCUACCUCUGUGAGGUCAACAGAACAUCAGUCAGUUGCACUCUUGACAGGGACCUGUCAAAGUUCAGCCAUGUGUUAUUUCGACUGGACAGUGAUGGAGUGGUGGGCCUCAGCACUCACCUCAGUAAUCUCUCCAGACUAAUGGAAAACUCCCAAGACAGCGAGCGGCUGAGGGAGCUGGUUGUUGACUUUCGAUCUCCAGAGUUUAUCACCAACCUGAGCUCUGUCCUGCCUAGGGAGGCCAAAGACACUGUGGCCAACAUCCUCAAAGGUCUCAACAAACCCCAGAAACAAGCCAUGAAGAAGGUGUUGUUGUCCAAAGACUAUACACUGAUUGUCGGUAUGCCUGGCACUGGCAAAACCACAACCAUCUGCACCCUGGUUCGUAUUCUGCACGCCUGUGGCUUUAGUGUGCUGCUGACCAGUUACACCCACUCUGCUGUGGACAACAUCCUGCUUAAGCUUAAACGUUUCCGGGUUGGCUUUCUGCGUCUGGGACAAAGACAGAAGGUUCAUCCUGAUAUCCUGCCGUACACAGAGGAGAGUGUGAGGGAGAAGGGUGUUCACACUCUGUCAGAGCUGGAGCAGCUGUAUAAUAAAGAACUGGUCGUAGCAACCACCUGUAUGGGGAUCAAGCACCCAAUCUUCACACGUCGACGCUUUGACUUCUGCAUCGUAGAUGAGGCGUCGCAGAUCAGCCAGCCGAUCUGUCUCGGACCACUUUUCUACGCCAGGAGAUUUGUGCUGGUCGGAGACCAUCAGCAGCUGCCGCCGAUAGUUCAGAACCAGGAAGCAAGGUCACUUGGGAUGGAUGAAAGUCUGUUUAAACGCUUAGAGCUCCACAGUGACGCAGUGGUUCAACUCAAUGUUCAGUAUCGGAUGAACAGACAGAUCAUGUCUUUGAGUAACUCACUGAUGUACGACGGCCGGUUGGAGUGUGGAUCAGAGAGGACGGCCACGGCUCUGCUCACGCUGCCUUUCCUGCUCUCCGUCCAGUCAGAGCUAGAUUCUUACUCGCAGUCCCAUCCUGAGCUUGACCUGUCCUGGGUACAGGCCACAUUGCUGCCCAGUAAUCCUGUCUGCUUCCUGGACUGCUCACUGGUGCCUGCAUUGGAGUCGGUGGAACAGGGAGGAGUGAGCAAUCUCACCGAAGCUGUUCUUAUACACACGCUGCUUUCUCUUCUGAUAAAGGCUGGAUGUAAGCCCAGUGAUAUUGGCGUCAUCGCGCCCUACAGGCAGCAGUUAAAGAGCAUCUCUGCUCUGCUGCAGCCACCUGUUUUCACUGGUGUGGAGGUGAACACUGUGGACCGGUACCAGGGGCGAGACAAAAGUCUGAUUGUUCUGUCAUUUGUCAGAAGCACAGCAGAGGAAGGAAAUUUAGGGGAGUUGUUGAAGGACUGGCGUCGCCUGAAUGUGGCCAUUACUAGGGCUAAACACAAACUGCUGAUGGUUGGCUCUGCCACAACGCUGCGACGCUACUCACCUGUAGAGAAAUUACUAAAUCAUCUCCAGCAGGACAACAUGAUUAUCCAGCUCCCACCAGCUGCCCACAGGGCCUUACCCAGCAUGCACCUCUAA